GGCUAGCAGCAGCACCAGCAAGAAGCGGAAAAGAAAUGUGCGGAAUCGCGUUGCUAAUCUCCGGCGUCCGAAUUCAACGAUCAUCAUCAUCUGAUCACAAUAAUCUUGAGAAACCUUUACUAAACAACAAUUCAAAUUUUACAUUUUCAAUAGAUGAUCUCAAACUAGCUCUACACAGAAGAGGACCUGAUAGUUUAGGUUACAAAAAACUUAUAAUUACUGCAAAUGAGUUUGAACUAGAAUCUUCCUUGCAAUUUCUUGCUGCCACGUUGCAACUUAGAGGAUUACACUCUAUUACUCAGCCUUUUGUUGAUUCUUCCAACAACGUCCUUAUUUAUAAUGGUGAAAUCUUUGGAGGUGUUCAUGUUGGGAGUGAUGAAAAUGAUGGUGAAAUGCUUAUGAAAGCUCUUGAAAAUUGCUGUUCAUGUACUUCUUGUGACCAUAGAAGUGAUUGCUCUGGGAAUGAUUCAGUGUUGGAUGUUCUUUCAAGGAUUAAGGGACCGUGGGCUCUCGUAUAUUGGCAGGAUAGUUCGAAAACCUUGUGGUUUGGUCGGGAUGCCUUUGGGAGGCGUAGUCUCCUUGUUCGCUGGCCAACUGUUGAUGACCCGCGGUUUAUGCUGUCUUCGGUGUCGCCAUUUUCUUCUGUUGAUGGGAGUUCUGAUUUUGAAGUUGGAGAGAGCACCGAUACAAAUUUAUGGGAGGAGCUUUUGUGUGGCAUAUACAGUUUAUCAAUGGAUUCUUCAGCAGUGCAUGGAUGUCUUUCUGGUGAAGUCAAAAAACAUGAAUGGCCUAAUGACAUGCUAAAAGAACUUAUCAAAUGGGAGAGAGUUUCUGUUGAACCUAAAUUGGAAGACCUAUAUUUUUCAUGUGGGCCUGAGCAGACCACAAUUUUAGUGCCAGCUCAGAAUGUGUUAACUGCUCUGAGGAAAUCACUAAUGCUGCGUACAUCACUACACAAAAAAAAUCAGGCGGAGUCAUCUUAUAGUCGGAAUGGGGAACUUGUUCCAGUCGCAGUUCUUUUUUCUGGCGGAUUGGAUUCUAUGAUCCUUGCAGCACUCUUGGAUGAGUGCCUAGAUCCCAGCUUCGGAAUUGAUUUACUAAAUGUGAGCUUUGACGGUCAGUUUGCUCCUGAUAGAAUCUCUUCCAAGACAGGAGUAGCAGAACUUAGAAGAAUUGCACCCUUGAGAAGGUGGAAUCUUGUAGAGAUUGAUGCUGAUUUAUCAAAGUUGGUUUUGGAAACAAAGCAUGUUAUGUCGCUCAUUAACCCAGCAAAUACCUAUAUGGACCUAAAUAUAGGAAUUGCUUUAUGGCUGGCUGCAAGUGGUUAUGGUUGGGUCUCUCGAGGAACUAGCAAUAGCAAGGAUGAAAGCGAACAACGUGUCAGAUAUGAGUCCCAGGCCAGGAUUGUCUUAGUUGGCUCUGGUGCUGAUGAGCAGUGUGCUGGUUAUGGAAGGCAUAGAACAAAAUAUAGAAGCGGAAGUUGGGUUGGGCUGAAUGAGGAAAUGAAGUUGGACAUGCAAAGAAUAUGGAAACGAAACAUGGGCAGAGAUGAUAGAUGCAUUGCUGAUAAUGGGAAGGAGGCUAGAUUUCCUUUCUUGGAUGAAGAUGUUAUCAGAACUCUGCUUGACAUUCCUUUAUGGGAAGUUGCCAACCUUAAUCAACCAAGCGGUACAGGUGAUAAGAAGAUUCUGAGAGAGGUUGCAAAAAUGCUUGGUUUACAUGAGGCAGCAGUUCUUCCUAAAAGAGCAAUCCAGUUUGGUUCUAGAAUAGCAAGGGAAUCAAAUAGAAAGAACUUUGGAAGUAAUAGAGCGGCAAACCAGGCUUCUGCCGGAAGCGUAGUAGUAAACAUGUCAUAGAUAUCUCACAUUGUAUUUUAUAUUGGAUUUUAUACAACCCAUUGAUUUAAGAAAAAUUCAUUGUUUGGUUUGAUAAAAAGUUGAGAGAAUUUAUAGAUUUAGAAAAUUAACCAUA